UCCACAAGCCUCCUCAUGGCUGAGCUCCUACCCCUGCUGUCCUGGGUGCCCCCAGGUUCCCAGGGCAGUGCCCAGGACUCUCCUGUUCCUCCAGCUGAGCAUCGGGCACAAAAUGAGAGAUCCCAGGGCCUGGCCCCUGAGUCAUGGAGGUUCCUGGAGGUGCCCACCAUUCACAUAACACCAUCUAGUGACGGGGAGUCACCCCCCUCCACCCCAACCACCCCACGCUUGCAGCGACCGAGGACCCCAGACCUGGAAAGUCUGUCUCAGGACAGCACCACGCCCCACUCUGGCCGGAGCACACCCAGCAGCUCCCCGUCUCUCCGCAAGCGGCUGCAGCUCUUGCCCCCAAGCCGGCCCCCUCCUGAGCCAGAACCAGGCACCAUGGUGGAGAAGGGGUCAGAUAGCUCCUCAGAAAAGAGUGGCAUGUCUGGGACCCCCAGCACCCAGAGCCUGGGCAGCCGGAACUUCAUCCGCAACAGCAAGAAGAUGCAGAGCUGGUACAGUAUGCUGAGCCCCACCUACAAACAGCGCAAUGAAGACUUCCGGAAGCUGUUCAGCAAACUCCCUGAAGCUGAGCGCCUCAUCGUGGAUUACUCCUGUGCUCUGCAGCGUGAGAUCCUCCUUCAGGGGCGCCUCUAUCUCUCUGAGAACUGGAUCUGCUUCUACAGCAACAUCUUCCGCUGGGAGACCACGAUUUCCAUCCAGUUGAAGGAAGUGACGUGUCUAAAGAAGGAAAAGACGGCCAAGCUGAUCCCUAACGCCAUCCAGAUCUGUACAGAGAGCGAGAAGCAUUUCUUCACUUCCUUUGGGGCCCGUGACCGCUGCUUCCUCCUUAUCUUCCGCCUCUGGCAGAAUGCACUGCUGGAAAAGACGCUGAGUCCCCGCGAGCUCUGGCACCUGGUGCAUCAGUGCUACGGCUCGGAGCUGGGCCUCACCAGCGAAGAUGAGGACUACGUCUGCCCCUUGCAGCUGAAUGGUCUGGGGAGCCCCAAGGAUAUGGGAGAUGUGAUUGCCCUGAGCGACAUCACCCCCUCUGGGGCUGCCGACCACAGCCAGGAGCCAAGCCCCGUGGGAUCGCGCCGUGGCCGCAUCACCCCCAACCUGUCCCGGGCCAGCAGUGAUGCAGACCAUGGGGCAGAGGAGGACAAGGAGGAGCAGACGGACAGCCAGCCAGAUGCCUCCUCCAGCCAGACAGUGACUCCAGUGGCAGAACCCCUGAGUACAGAGCCCAACCCACCUGAUGAGCCCACUUCCCUGGGCCCUUUGGACUUGCUGCCCAGGGAGGAGCUGUUAACCGACACAAGUAACUCCUCGUCAUCCACGGGGGAGGAAGCCCUUCUCUGUCUCCUAGCUGAUCUGGCCGCCCUGCUUCCCGACCUCUCCGGCCGGCUCCUCAUCAACUCCGUCUUCCACGUGGGAGCCGAGCGGCUGCAGCAGAUGCUCUUCUCGGACUCAGCCUUCCUCCAGGGAUUCUUGCAGCAAUGCAAGUUCACAGAUGUGACCUUGAGCCCCUGGAGUGGGGACAGCAAGUGCCACCAGCGCCGCGUGCUGACUUACACCAUUCCCAUCAACAACCCGCUGGGCCCCAAGAGCGCCUCUGUGGUGGAGACACAGACGCUGUUCCGGCGCGGCCCGCAGGCAGGUGGGUGCGUGGUGGACUCGGAGGUGCUGACGCAGGGCAUCCCGUACCAGGACUACUUCUACACGGCCCACCGCUACUGCAUCCUGGGCCUUGCCCGGAACAAGGCGCGGCUCCGGGUGUCCUCAGAGAUCCGCUACCGGAAACAGCCGUGGAGCCUCGUGAAGUCCCUGAUUGAAAAGAACUCGUGGAGUGGCAUUGAGGAUUAUUUCCACCACCUGGAGCGGGAGCUCGCCAAGGCCGAGAAGCUGUCCCUAGAGGAAGGCGGGAAGGAGGCUCGGGGGUUGCUCUCAGGUCUGCGGAGGCGAAAGCGGCCCCUCAGCUGGAGGGGUCACGGAGAUGGUCCCCAGCACCCGGAUCCAGACCCCUGCACCCGGGCUGGCAUGCACACCUCGGGCUCCCUCAGCUCCCGCUUCUCGGAACCGUCCAUGGAGCAGGGUCCUGGGGCAGGCAUCCCCAACGCCCUGGUUCUCAUCAGCAUCGUCCUCAUUGUCCUCAUCGCCCUCAAUGCCCUCCUCUUUUACCGCCUCUGGUCCCUGGAGAGGACGGCCCACACCUUUGAGUCGUGGCACAGCCUGGCCCUGGCCAAAGGCAAGUUCCCUCAGACGGCCACUGAGUGGGCGGAGAUCCUGGCCCUGCAGAAGCAGUUCCACAGCGUCGAGGUGCACAAGUGGAGGCGGAUCCUGCGGGCGUCCGUGGAGCUCCUGGAUGAGAUGAAGUUCUCGCUGGAGAAGCUACACCAAGGGAUCACAGUCUCGGACCCGCCCUUUGACACCCAGCCACAGCCACGGUCUGAUGACAGCUUCUCCUGAGGGCAUCCGGCCACACAGCUGUCCCCUCAAAUGGACAGAAGGACACAAAGAGCCCCGGUGGCCACUGCUGGCACGGUGUGAGCGCCGGGAACCUCCCGCCUGCCCCUCCCAGUGGCCCUGCCGAGGGCCAUGCAGACGUGGGGACCACAGAGCAAGAUGCACUUUAGACCAGCGUGUGCAAGCCCGACCGCCAUCGCCUGCCCGGCCGGGGAGCUGGUCUGGCCUUUGGCGGCCCCGCACUAACUUAUUUUGCCUGGCUGGGGUUAUGGGGGUACCCCCUGGGGUGCACGAUUUCCUCAGCUCUGGGUUUAAUGUAUUAUAUUUAUUUGGGGCUGACAGAGUUCCAAUAAAGGGUUGGAAGUG